AGUUGCAUUCCUCUCCUCUCCUCUCCAUUCACACGCAGGGAGCCGCCGGAGAGAGAGUACCGCCGCUCCGUGACCAGAGUGGAAUGUCCCCAAGUUUUGGAAUUUAAAACCAUGGCGAGGAUAUCUGGCCUCAGGAUCACCUGAAUCUGGCUCCCACCUCGUGCCUCUGUGGAUGAUGUUCCUGAUGACGGCUUGCAACGCUGAAAACAGGACAGCGGAUCAAUAGGAGUUUUGUUUCCCUUCCCUUUUGUCCUUCUCUCUCUCUCUCUCCCUCAAACUGUCCUCCGUCAUUCCUUGACAGAAGAGCAGAAACGAAAAAAAAUCCUGACUUGGUACCAGAGCUUGUACUUCUCGUCCUUCUCCUCCUCUCUUUCUCCUUCCCCAUCCCCCUAAGUCUUGCCUCUAGACAGCCUAGACAUGUGUCCCCUAGCUCGGUCAGCGGCUUCCCCUGGCCAGGGGAACUUUUUUCUCCUCUUGGGGAUUUUGCUCAUCAUGAGUGCAUCCUUCUCUGGAGGCCAACCCCCACCCUUCAAACGAUUUGCCCCACAUGUGUGGGGGCUUACACAUCUGGCCAUUCACAACAAAACUGGAGAAGUCUAUGUGGGAGCUGUCAACUGGAUUUUCAAGCUAUCUAGCAACCUGACCAAACUGCGCAGCCACAUGACUGGCCCAGUGGUGGACAAUGAGAAGUGCUACCCUCCGCCAAGUGUCCAGUCCUGCCCUCAUGACCUGGCCCAGACCCCCAAUGUGAACAAGCUUCUUCUCAUAGACUAUGCACAGAACCGCCUCAUUGCCUGUGGCAGCACUUCGCAGGGGAUCUGCCAGUUCCUACGUCUGGAUGACCUUUUUAAGCUUGGUGAGCCCCACCACCGCAAGGAGCACUACCUCUCCAGUGUGGCAGAGUCGGGUACCAUGUCCGGGGUCAUCAUAAGCUCCCCCCACAGUCCGACCAGUAAGCUAUUCAUUGGAACCCCUAUUGAUGGCAAGUCUGAGUACUUCCCUACCUUGUCCAGCCGCAAGCUAAUGGAAAAUGAAGAAAAUGCAGACAUGUUCAGCUUUGUCUAUCAGGAUGAGUUUGUCUCCUCUCAGCUGAAGAUCCCCUCGGACACUUUGUCCAAGUUCCCUGCUUUCGACAUCUAUUAUGUUUACAGCUUCAGCAGUGAGCAGUUUGUCUAUUAUCUAACAAUGCAGCUGGAUACCCAAUUGACGUCACCUGAUGCCAGUGGAGAGCAAUUCUUCACCUCCAAAAUUGUCCGACUCUGCGUGGACGACCCCAAGUUUUACUCCUACGUCGAGUUCCCCAUUGGCUGCACUAAAGAUGGGGUAGAGUACCGCCUGGUGCAGGAUGCCUUCUUGGCUCGGCCAGGCCGGCAGCUGGCCAACUCUCUGGGGAUCUCUGAGAAUGAAGACAUCCUCUUCACAGUCUUCUCUCAGGGUCAGAAGAAUCGGGCCAAACCACCCAAAGAGUCAGCAUUGUGCCUGUUCACCUUGAGGAGGAUAAAGGAGAAGAUCAAAGAAAGAAUUCAGUCCUGCUACAAGGGAGAUGGGAAACUCUCCUUACCCUGGCUGCUCAACAAGGAGCUCGCCUGUAUCAACUCGCCGCUGCAGAUAGACGAUAACUUCUGCGGCCAGGACUUCAACCAGCCUCUGGGGGGAACCAGCACCAUCGAGGGCACCCCCCUCUUCAUCGACAAAGAUGAUGGCAUGACCUCAGUGGCGGCAUACGACUACCGCGGCAACACCGUGGCUUUUGUUGGUACACGGAAUGGCAAAAUGAAGAAGAUCUUGGUGAACUCUGUGAGUCCCAACCGUCCAGCAGUGCUCUACGAGAAGGUGACUGUAAGCGAGGGAGGAAGUCCCCUACUGAGAGACAUGCUGUUCAGCCCAGACCAGCAGUACAUCUACACGCUGACUGACAGACAGGUGGUUAGAGUUCCAGUAGAGAGCUGUGAGCAGUACACCACUUGUGGGGAGUGUUUGGGCUCCAAAGACCCUCACUGUGGAUGGUGUGUCCUCCACAAUGUUUGUUCACGCAAGGACCGCUGUGAACGAGCAGGAGAGCCCCAGAGGUUUGCCUCUGACCAGAGGCAGUGUGUGGAGCUCACCGUUCAGCCAAGAAAUAUCUCUGUUACAAUGUCUGAAGUGCAGCUGGUCUUGGAGGCUCGUAACGUGCCUGAUCUGUCAGCAGGGGUCAACUGCUCCUUCGAGGACUACGUGGAGACGGAGGGACAGAUCCAGGGUGGACAUAUCUUCUGCCUGUCUCCCUCCGUCCGGGAUGUCAUCCCAAUCACAAGGAACAAAGGUGACAAGCGGGUGGUGAAGCUCUAUCUGAAAUCCAAGGAGACGGGCAAAAAGUUUGCCAGCGUUGACUUUGUCUUCUACAACUGCAGCGUCCACCAGUCCUGCCUUUCCUGUGUAAACGGCUCUUUCCCAUGCCACUGGUGCAAGUACCGCCACAUGUGCACCCAGAACGCCAAUGACUGCUCUUUCCAGGAGGGACGCGUCAACAUCUCUGAGGACUGCCCUCAGAUCCUUCCCUCAACCCAGAUCUACAUCCCUGUCGGGGUGACCAAGCCGAUCACCUUAGCUGCCAAGAACCUGCCCCAGCCCCAGUCAGGACAGAGGAACUACGAGUGCGUAUUCCACAUCCAGGGAGAGACCCACAAUGUGCCUGCCCUGCGCUUCAACAGCACCUCCAUCCAGUGCCAGAAAACAGCGUAUACCUAUGAGGGCAAUGACAUCAGUGACCUGCCAGUGGAUUUGUCUGUGGUUUGGAACGGAAACUUUGUCAUCGACAACCCCUACAACAUCAAAGCCCACCUGUAUAAGUGCUAUGCGCUGAGGGACAGCUGUGGGAUGUGUCUGAAGGCAAACCCCAGGUUUGAGUGCGGCUGGUGCGUACAGGAGAAGAAGUGCUCACUGAGACAGGAGUGUACUCCUCCAGAGAGCACUUGGAUGCACGCCACCACAGGAAACAGCCGCUGUGCGCAUCCCAAGAUCACCAAGUUGUUUCCAGAGACGGGGCCCAGGCAGGGAGGAACCAUGCUGACCAUCACGGGUGAGAACCUGGGUCUGCAGUUCAAAGACAUCCAGAGUGGAGUCCGCAUCGGCAAGGUGGCUUGCAUCCCUCAGGAGGACCAAUACAUCAGUGCUGAGCAGAUAGUGUGUCGGCUGAAUGAUGCCACAGGUUACAGGGUGCAGGAGGCUCAGGUAGAAGUGUGUGUUAGGGACUGCAUUAACCCAGACUAUAAAGCAGUCUCCACCAAGGCCUUCACCUUUGUGUCUCCGUACUUCACCCGUGUCCAGCCUUCCACUGGGCCGCUGUCUGGAGGAACGAGGAUCACCAUUGAAGGCAGUCAUCUCAAUGCAGGGAGCGCUGUAUCUGUGAAGAUAGGACUUCCCCCCUGCCUCUUCGAGAGGCGGAGCAGCAAGGAGAUAGUGUGUGUGACCCCAGCAGGACAAACCCCAGGCACCACCCCGGUCAUGGUGGACAUCAACUCUGCUGAGCUGAGGAACCCAGAGGUCAAGUUCAACUACACAGAUGAUCCCACCAUUCUCAAGAUCGAGCCUGACUGGAGUAUCGCCAGCGGAGGAACCAUGUUGACCAUUACUGGAACCAAUCUGGCCACCAUCAAGGAGCCCAAAAUGAGAGCCAAGUAUGGAGCUGCCAAGUCAGAAAAUAACUGCACGGUUUUCAACAACACCGUGAUGGUGUGUCUGGCGCCCUCUGUGGCCGGAUCUGACAAAGGCUUCUCGGAGGUGGGCAGCAGUCCUGAUGAGAUCGGCUUUGUCAUGGAUGACGUGCGCUCUGUGCUGGUGGUAAAUGAGACUUUCAGCUACCACCCAGACCCUGUGUUCGAACCUCUGAGCCCCUCGGGCAUGCUGGAGCUGAAGCCUAGCUCACCACUCAUACUCAAGGGCCGUAACCUAAUUCCUGCAGCCCCAGGAAACGCCAAGCUGAACUACACAGUGCUGAUUGGGGAGACGCCCUGCGUUCUCACCCUGUCUGAGAGCCAGCUGCUGUGUGAAUGGCCCAACCUGACCGGAGAACAUAAAGUCACAGUGCGUGUUGGAGGCUUUGAAUACUCACCGGGGACCUUACAGAUCUACUCAGACAGCCUGCUCACCCUGCCUGCCAUCAUUGGUAUCGGAGGAGGUGGCGGCCUGCUCCUCUUGGUUAUCAUUGUGGUGCUGAUCGCUUACAAGAGGAAGUCACGGGAUGCCGACCGCACCCUCAAACGGCUGCAACUGCAGAUGGACAACCUGGAGUCCAGGGUGGCCCUUGAGUGCAAGGAAGCCUUUGCAGAGCUGCAGACGGACAUCCAUGAACUCACUCAGGAGCUGGACGGAGCAGGAAUCCCCUUCCUGGACUACCGCACCUACGCCAUGAGGGUCCUCUUUCCUGGGAUAGAGGACCACCCUGUGCUCAAGGAGAUGGAGGUACGGGUACCCGCUAACGUGGAGAAGGCCCUGACGUUGUUCGGCCAGCUGCUGACCAAAAAGCACUUCCUGCUGACCUUCAUCCGCACCUUAGAGGCACAGCGGUCUUUCUCCAUGCGAGACCGGGGCAACGUGGCCUCCCUAAUCAUGACAGCACUGCAGGGGGAGAUGGAGUACGCCACGGGCGUCCUCAAACAGCUCCUGUCUGACCUCAUCGACAAAAACCUGGAGAGCAAGAACCACCCGAAGCUUUUACUCAGGAGGACGGAGUCAGUCGCUGAGAAGAUGCUCACCAACUGGUUCACCUUCCUGCUUUACAAAUUCCUCAAGGAGUGUGCUGGUGAGCCUCUCUUCAUGCUGUACUGUGCCAUGAAGCAGCAAAUGGAAAAGGGACCAAUAGACUCGAUCACCGGAGAGGCCCGCUACUCCCUCAGCGAGGACAAACUCAUUAGGCAGCAGAUUGACUACAAGACUUUGACGCUGCACUGUGUGAACCCAGAGAAUGAGAACGCUCCGGAGGUGACGGUGAAGAGCCUGAACUGUGACACAGUGACGCAGGUGAAGGAGAAGCUGCUGGAUGCUGUGUACAAGGGCACACCGUACUCCCAGAGACCAAAGGCCUCAGAUAUGGACCUGGAAUGGCGGCAGGGUAGGAUGGCUCGCAUCAUCCUUCAGGACGAGGAUGUAACCACUAAGAUAGACAACGACUGGAAGAGACUCAACACCCUGGCUCACUACCAGGUGACAGAUGGCUCAGUGAUUGCCCUGGUGCCUAAACAGAACUCAGCCUACAACAUCUCCAACUCCUCCACAUUCACCAAGUCCCUCAGCAGAUACGGUACGAGAGAAGAGAGCAUGCUGAGGACAGCCAGCAGUCCAGACAGCUUGCGCUCCCGAACACCCAUGAUCACCCCCGACCUCGAGAGCGGCACCAAACUGUGGCACCUGGUCAAGAACCACGACCACUCAGACCAGAGGGAAGGGGACAGAGGGAGCAAGAUGGUCUCUGAGAUCUACCUGACCAGACUGCUGGCCACCAAGGGUACACUCCAGAAGUUCGUGGAUGACCUGUUCGAGACCAUCUUCAGCACAGCACACCGAGGAAGUGCCCUGCCUCUCGCCAUCAAGUACAUGUUUGACUUCUUGGACGAGCAGGCAGACAAACACUCCAUAUCGGACUCUGAUGUACGGCACACUUGGAAGAGCAACUGUCUUCCCCUGCGGUUCUGGGUGAACGUGAUCAAGAACCCCCAGUUUGUCUUUGACAUCCAUAAGAACAGCAUUACAGACGCCUGCUUGUCUGUGGUGGCUCAGACCUUCAUGGACUCCUGUUCAACAUCGGAGCAUAAACUAGGAAAGGACUCGCCUUCCAACAAGCUGCUGUAUGCUAAAGACAUCCCCAACUAUAAGAACUGGGUAGAGAGGUACUACUCUGACAUCUCCAGGAUGCCGGCCAUCAGUGACCAGGACAUGAGUGCCUACCUGGCUGAGCAGUCACGCCUGCACGCCAACCAGUUCAAUAGCAUGUCAGCCCUACACGAGAUCUACUCCUACAUUGUCAAGUACAAGGAUGAGAUCUUGUCGGCGUUGGAGCGGGACGAGCAGGCGAGGAGACAGAGACUGAGGAGCAAGCUGGAGCAGGUCAUCGACACAAUGGCCCUGACCAGCUGAGGACCAUCCAGCACCUCCAUCUUCUCCUUCUCUUCACUCCUCCUCUCCAUCUGUCUCUCUCCCUCGCUCCUCUCACCCAGACAACAAACAAAACUCCAACCCCCAACAAUACGACAGACGAACUGCAAAAGGACUGAAGCAGUAUACUGCAAAAUGGGGGGGGUUCGGCAGAGAUGGGCGGGCCUGUGUACGCUUACAUGUGUAUGUGUGUGUUUGUCUGCAGCCCCAUACGGUGUGUGGGCUGGUGUCUGUGUGAGAGACUGGGACAUUUUCACACAUGCAUACAUGGAGAAACAUGUCAACUGACAGCAUUUGAUUAUUGUGGAUGUCGGUGUUUGUUGUUUGCUUGAUUUUGAUUUCAGAAGUUUUGUUGUGAUGAAGCGAUGGUCAGGAAAGAAACAAUGGAAGCCUGGAAAGGAACUCCAUAUAUGGCAUCAUUAGCAGGAUGGACCAAUCUGUGAUGAGCCAAUGGAGAGAGGCUCUCCAAGUUAUGUGACUCCAACGGGUGUCACAGUUUUAAAGGAUGUUUUUUUUUUUUCGUAUAAAUGUAAUCAACUGCCCACUCUCUGAUCUCUCGCCACUUGUAUUACUGCUGAAUUUGCACAAUUUACAGAAACGUUACAAAGGAAAACGAUAUAGAUAUUAUAUAUAAAUACAGCUACGUUUUUAAAGAAAGAUUAGGGAGAAAACAUUUCCGUUUAUCCUUUUCAUUUAAAACCAACAAACACAAUAAAAAAUACAACAAUAAAACAUGAUUUGAUAUUUCAAGUACAAAAGAAAAAACAACGUAGACAAAAAAAAAAACUACGAAAAAGAAACAAAAAAGUCGUACUGUGCCAUGUUUUCUUUGAAUGUUGUUUAGUGCAAAGACAUUUUGUUAGAUGGAAUGUGCUACCAUAUGAUUUUAAAUAUGAACAUGCCUAGUGACUGAAAAGAAUCGUUUGAGCAAUGACGCAUCAUAAAAUCUUUGUUGAAAAUGGCGGGAAGUGGUGCGACACAAAGUUGUCCGCCUCCUUGAGUUAGGACAGUUCAUGGUGUCAUGGUGAUAACACAAAGUUGCUGUUGUUUCUAAUUCAAUCAGUGCAAUCUUUUGGUUUUAGAAAACCAAAUAUAUACUCACAGGAUUGUUGCUUUAUCAUGGUCACGUUAGUAUCCGCCGCCACCACUGGUUCUGGUUUUCAAGGGUCAAGAAGUGGCACUUCAGUGGAUCAUGGUAUAGUGACUGAACAAUGAAGUAGCUCCAUUGCACUACCUGUAAUAUUCCUGUUUGCCCCGAUACCACAUAGCCACCAUAUCUAACCGUUAGGAUUCCACGGGUCCUGAGUUUGUGUUAUCCAUCCCUUGAAGGGUCAUUAAUUUUCUGACACGGUCCUGUUAGAGCAAAGCCAAAGUCUUGGUGCUCUCAGACACUGUUUACGUCUUUACAGGAGUGACAAUGAGGUCAGAUAGAGCUUAGCCGAAACCCCUCAGUGGUGAAACAAAGUGGGAAAAGCUGUUUUCAGCCUAAAGCAACUUUUCAUUUUCUCAAUGUUAAUACUCAAAUUAGAGGGGCAAGGAAAAGAUAUACUGAGUGUUUCUCUCCACCUCUAACCUAUUUGAGAUGGGGGGGUUUAGCUUUUUAUCCAUGGGGGGGUAUAGAAAGAUACAGAGGUGAGACACCUGUUCAUUAGCUACACAAGGCUGAGUAAUCCUCCUCUUAGCCUGCAGCUCUUGUUUCAAAACUAGCCUAUUGCCAUGUGUGGCUUAAGCUUUUUUUAUUACUGCUCUCUUAAGAGGAUUUCUUUGUUUCUCUUUUCUUUUUUUUCUUUCUUUUUUUAAGUCUUGAAGUCAAGGUUUUUGACUUUGUGGUGAGAAAUAAUGUUUUGUGAUUUUUAUUUUAUUUUUUUCUGCUUGCCGAAAAACCAAACUGUGGUCUGUAUAAUGUUUUUGUUGAUGUUUUCAUUUGUAAAUUGUAUACUUUUUCAUGAUGAACAAAAGCUGUUUGCCAUUUUUUUGUAAUCAGGUUCUUUUUUUGGUUUUUGGUUUUUGUCCUUUUUUUCAAGAUGUAAAUUGUACAUUUACGGUACACAGAAGACAAAUUUCUCUUCGGUUUGCCUGAAGUUGAAGUACUUGACCGAACUCAAGGUUUAUUUUCCUGAUCUCAAGGAUCAAAAUGAAAUUGUUGCAUCAGAUGAGCAUCUGUGUCUUUGUGAUGAAAAUGUGACUUGCUGCUUUAACUCUUGUACCUUGUUUUUCUAUCAAACAUUAGGGCUGUCAUUUUAUGCUGAUCAUAAAUGCUGUCGCUGUCCAUAUGCCAGGUUCCUUAAAAAAACAAAAACAAUCUUCUGUCACAUCAAGAAUAGUGAGCACACCUCCCAAAUUAAUGUCAACCCACCAUUUUGUUUACAUGUCUGAGAUGUGACAUUGCUUUCUACAGCUGUAUACAUAUGAGCCUAGUUCAACUAGAUACCUGUCGGGACUUGAUUGUUUUUUUGGCAGGUACAGAGGAAACUGUCUUGAGGGACCACGCUGCCCAUGUUAGGAUAGAGAUUUCUCCUUUUCAGCUGACUAUGUUGGCUACACACAUUGAAUAAUCUCUGUUAGAAUCGUCUAAAUUAAAGAGAGUACUACAAAACCUCCACAAAAAUAUGCUUAGUCCACUUUACAAACAUUAUAAACAUGUUUUUUUUCCUUCAGUAUGCAGCCAAGUUUUUGCUGCAUUGGUACAUUUUGGUGCUCGUACUGUAGAUCUCAUGGCAAGGAAAUAGAUGACUGCUGUGGCCCGAGCUCAGCUGUGCUGUUAACAGCAGUCCUUUGAAUGAUCAGUAUGAGUACAAUGUACAGUGGAGACAAAUCCACUCGCUUCCUGCAAAAGCACACAGACAAAAAACAACUGAGGCUACAGUGCCCAUUUGGUGAUCUGUCAGGCUACAAGACACUUAAAACAUUCUCAAUUCAUUCUCAGGUUCAUGCUCCAUUUGUGUCAUAUUCUAGUUGUAAUUUGGUUGAUUAAAUGACUGCUGCGGGAGUUUGUUUAUCGUUUGCAUGGCUACUUGCCUUUUAGAUUGACCUGCUUUGCAAGUCCGGACGCAUCUUUAGAGAACCUUCCCAGCCACUAUUGGUUUGGUGUGAUAAUUGACUUGUAUUUAUUGUUAUUGAGGUUGUAUACAGCAUGUCUUUUAGAGUGUUUGGUGUCAUCAGGAGGAAGCAAGCAUCAGCUGCUGACAAGAACAACAUGCUGAUUGUAGUUUGACAGAGUUGCUGGGUUUUAUGGGUUUUUCUGUCAAAUCAGAACAAAUUAACAAGUGAAGUUUACUGCACUGCCUUCAGUGUGAGCACAUUCAGCACAUAGUCAUGUAUCUCAUGUUUAAUUCUCAGCUCUUUAGACAUGCUUAGUCACGCUUUUGCCUUUCCAAAAAAAAAGUAGUUGAAUCAAAUACAAGUCCUGGCACCAUUCUAUUUUCAUUUCAUUUUUUCCUGCUUUCUUCCGAUUCUGGAAAAUUCAGUAGUUGUUCUUUCUUUUUUUUUAAAUGGAAGUUACAUAGAAUCCAAGGAAACACAAAUCAAAUGAAUUUCAGACAGAGCUGGCAAAGGAAUUUUAAUACUAGAUUAACUCAAAUACACAGUUUCAGACUUGAAGCGACUGUCACAAGUUUGCAGGUUAACAUUCAUUGUGUAAAUAUUCUGUUAUUUCCUAUUUUGCAGAUUUACUACUUGUAAAUAAACACACAUCAAGGAGAGAUUAAACAUUUUUUGCUAAAUA